AGAGACAUGCAUUUGAAAUGACGCUUCCACAAGGGAAGUAUCUCAGGGACACCAAUGUUGAGGUUGUGGUCUCUGAAAAAGUCAGAAAAACAACAGACCCAUUUGCACUGGAUACUAUUCCACCACUGAGUUUGCUGUAACAGUGGAAUAGCCACCUUAGCUUCUUUGAGAAAGAGGCAAGGGGCUAUUACUAUUUAGAGCAUGGUUCCCACCGUUACAGCACAGCUAAUCUUCAGGAUAUGGUGAAAAUGCACUUUGCAAGAGAUGUACAAAAUGCAGUCCAAGCAGAACUUAACUGGUUUCCACAACUCUACUUGAAACCUGUCAAUAUGGAAAUGUAUCCACCUGAUAAUGCUAUCAAAGAAUUUCAGGAUCUCCUUUACACAAGGCCAUUUGAUGAAAUUCAUCAAGAGUAUAAAAUGACACCAGAUGAAAUGGCAAAACUCUGUGGUAAAAGAUGGAUAUCAAGUGACCACCUCAUGUGGGUGGCAGGAACCAUCAAUAAGGAACAAUCAAACACCUUUUGCUGGGUGCUAAAUACAGUAAAUGACAUUGAGUGCCUGGUAGAAAGGAGACUGCAAUCUCAUAAACCUAGCAGUCUUGUUUUCUUUGUCAGUGUUGCUUUAAGUACAGGAAAGACAUGCAGUACUGGCCAGUGACCAUCAUCGAGGAAUUCACUGGACUUUGUGCCAAGUAGACCAACCUAACAAGUCUGUUGUCUAUGCUGACACCCUUGGUUGGCAAGUUCUAGAGGGGCUAAUGGAGAAAGUCAACCGUUUCAUCAUUGCUGUCUACAGGGAGGAAAUAACUGAUUAUGAGAUGAACAUUUGCUACAAACCUGAAUCCACAGUCAAUGGUCAUCCCUCAUGCACACCUUCAUGUGCCAAGUACCCUGUGCAAACAUGCUCAAAUGUCUGUGGUGUCAUUUCUAUGGUAAUGGCUGCUGUUGCAACCCAUAAAAAAGAGCUUUUCUUAGAAAUGAU